AUGGAGCUGCGGGCAGUCCCCGGACACCUGUCGCAGAGGGCGUCGAGACCUGGCUAUGCAAGGGCUAAGGUCCAAGCAACCACCAUCUACAGCUGCUACCUUGCCCCGAGCUUGCAUAUAGAUGCCUUUAGAGACAUCUUGCAGGAGAUCGCCCGAGACGCCCGCGGAAGAUCCCCAGUACUAAUCGCUGGGGACUUCAAUGCGUGGUCCACCGCCUGGGGGAGCUCGAAAACGACUCAGCGGGGAACCAUCCUUCUGGACGCCCUGGCCACAUUAGACGUUUGUCUCCUGAACGAUGGAGCUAGAUGCACCUAUAGCAAGGCAGGCAGAGAGUCAAUCAUUGACCUGACUUUCGCCAGCCCGGAGCUCUGCCGGACCAGCCACCAGCUCCACUAG